AUGGCGAAGAAAGUGGGGAACCUGUGGGUCCUGUGGAACGGCAAGAUAUUCAUAGGUCCUGACUGGAAGUCAUUGAUGGGCACUUUUUUUCUGAUUCUGAUACCAUCAAUUUUGUUUCUGUCGCUGAUUGCCCACGACGUAGGGAAGGGUAUCCUGGGGCUGUCCCUUUUGCUUGUGGCAUUUGUGUUGGCGAUGCUGGGGUUCACUGCAUUCUCCAACCCCGGCAUCAUCCCCAGACAAUCAGCGCCUGUUGAUGCAAAUGGGGACCCAAGGUUCCUGCCGUUCCCAAGAACAAAGGACUUCCUUAUCAAUGGCUACAGAGUGACGACCAAGUACUGUGCAACUUGCAACAUAUAUCGACUUCCGAGGUGCUCGCACUGUGCAAUGUGCAACAAUUGUGUGGAGAAAUUCGACCACUACUGCCCAUGGGUGGGGACGUGCAUUGGAAGGAGGAACUACCGAUAUUUCCUUUCUUUCGUGCUGUCUGCAACACUCCUCUGCAUUUACGUUUUCUCAACAUCCCUUUCACGACUGGUCCAGUUGUCGGAGAAGCACCAUCACUCGUUUAACAAGGCAAUGUCGAAAGAGCCCACUGCGAUCGCACUGAUAGUGUACACAUUCAUUGCUGCGUGGUUCGUUGGGGGCUUGAGCGUUUUCCACAUGUACCUGGUGGUCACAAACCAGACCACUUAUGAGCACUUCCGCAGGAAGUUUGGCCGGAGCGGCAAUCCCUACUACAAAAGUCUGGCAAGAAAUAUUUUUGAGGCCCUUUUUCAAGUGAGCCCUCCCUAUGGAUGGGAUGGUGACGGUGCGCAGCCGCAGACUGGUGCAGCACCGCAGCCUGGCUCACUGGAGCUUCCAGUUUCUUUUCUGACAGAUGCCACAUUGGCUUCCGUUGAGAAACAGAAUAACCCACCACAAAGGCCUCCUUCCAGCUCCAGGGCCCCGAGCUCCCGAACAUCUUCGCAGACGGGGCCGUGUGGAUUCAUGCAAACAGGCAUGCUAAGCCCUUGCCCACACACUGCACGAGAAGGACCUGCAGACGUGAGCUCCAUUGACUAUCAGGAUAGCAUAUACACGACAGCAUCCUCAAUCGUGGAGGAACAGGUGCAGUCGAGGCUACCGGCGAUGACAAGCCAGUCCAUGCAGUCGAUGCCUUCUUCUUUUCUGAUGGAAGCUGAGCCUGCAGGUGGCUGUGGGCAGCACCCUGAUGGAAGCCCAACAGUGAAGGGUGCCAGCUCAUCAACGGCACCACAGCCAGCAUCAGAUGUUGCCGAGGAUCUAAGCUCACACAACGAGCAGGGCAAUGAAGAUGGGGCCAGCUCUGUGAGUGGUGUGACGGCCCCUUCCAGCCAGGCUGCUCUUACAGCUGGCAGUGGGGACUUCAGUCAGUUUGGUGAGGCGGCUGCCUCACCAACAGUGCCUGGUGACCCAGGACUCCCUCACCGAGGUCUGGCAGCGAAAGGGGAAACGAAGUUGAAGCAGCUUGCCCAUUUGCUGCCGCACAGCCUCUCGCGCACACAGUAUGACGAGCUGAAAGAAGGGCCCAGCCCGCCAGAGGCAGGACCCCAACGGCAAGCUUCCAAAGCGCCAUCGUGGUCUGAGCCUCAUCAUGGUUCGGGCUCCGCGCCCGGUAGCCCGAAUCCGAUGCGCGGCAUCGAGGGGAUGAUGGGUGGCCUUGGGAGGAAACGAUACAGUGAACUUGUCGAUGUCCAGGGUCCCCAAGUUUCAGCUGCCUCUGACACGAAGUCAACAGACUCAGCCCCAAGUGCCAGCCGGUCCAGCACAGACACUGCGCCCUCCUCUCUGUUCUCACCCGGCAAGCUUCUGCGGACUUUCGGUCGAUCCAACAGUGCCCAAGCUGCUCGGCAUUUGGAGGAAGGAGGCCACCAUCGAAGCAGGGGUGAAUCCGAUUCCUCGGCAUCUGGGGUUGUGGAUGAAAUUCCCGAGGACAUGCUGGCAGAGUCGGCGCCCCAGAAUGAUAAAGGCGUGAUGGAGGUCGUCAGUCGAUCGCUGUUUAGAAAAGGUGGCAGGCACAGCCGGCACAGCAGCAUUGACCCACUGGCAGAUAAGCUUUGA